AAAGUUCGUUACCGGUGGCAGAUAGUCCCUCCGUUCCACAUCGAUAAACAGCUUAUCAUGCUGCAUCUCCUGCUCACAAUCAGCUACUCUCGUUUCCCUCCCUCGCCUUUAUUUGCAAGUGGUGGCCGAGUGAUGAGAAUCAGAAUGGAAGUCGCGUGAGCCGUGACCUUCCGCUUGCUUUGAUCAUGCAUAUAUCUCCAUCGAUCACAAGCUCCACCACCUUCGCGUUGCUUGUCACCUCCACCCACUUGUAAAGCUCCUCCGCUUUUUCUGCCCUGGCCUGUCUCUUCCUAUCCCUUCUCCCCCCUGCUGCUCUCUCUCUCUCUCUCUCACUCUCAUCUGUUUCUUUCUUGCUCCUUGGAUCGAGGCAAAAAGCGAGCGAGGGCAAUAUAUAUCAAGGAUGGCGAUGGCCGAUCACGAGGCGGUGGCCUUCAGCAGCGGCGCCUCGCUCCUGGUCUGGGACUGCGGCAGCGCGCUCUACGACUCCUACGAGCUCGCCGCCUUCACGCGCCAGCUCGACGCCGCUGUGCUCGCCUGCGGCCGGUCGCUCUCCAUGCCGCACCUCCCGUCCGCAGCACCGCCGCCGCCGCCGCCGCCGGACGACGCCCAGCUGCAGGGGGCCGGCCGGCGCCGGAGGAGGCGGCGCCUGCCCGCGCUGCUCCGGAGGCUGUUCUCCAAGUUGCUGCGGCUGCGGCUGCCGGCACCCGGCGCGGGGCGGGGCGCGGCCUACCGGACGGGGGAUGACGGAGCCGGCGGGUCGCCGUGGUCCGGCGCCCUGACGUCCAUCCCGGAGGAGCAGAGCUCCAGCAGCGCUGAGAUGGGGUCGUCCCCAGUGGAGCCCGGCACGAGAGCGCUGCGGAAGACGCAGUCGGAGCGCUUCGUCGGCAGCAAGACGGCGUCGUCGGUGGUGCAAUUCGAGGUCGUCUUGUAGCUAUAUGCAAGUAUUCAGUGUAGUAGUGUGUUUAGCACUGUUUGUAUAAACUAUGGUGGCAACAAAUUAAAUG